AUGCGGCAGCUGCAGCAACUGCUGCUCCUUCUCGGCUCCCUCCAGCCGAUCGCGUGGACCCACCCGAUGGCCAGGAGCGUGGAUCGAUCGGCUGAUUGGCCGGGCGAAAUGACCGACCACGAGAUGUUGGCCAUGCAGUUUUGGAUGGCCGUUGGCUUGGCCAUUUGGGUGUGUCUUUGCGGGUUCGUGUCGCUGUGCCUUGGCUUGUACUUCUUUCGAAAGUGGGGCCGCGAGACUGCUCUCGGUCUACCGGCCGCCACCGCCCCCAUCCCGAACAUCUUCCUCAAUUACAACACCGCCAACGAAAAACUGUCCGGCCGUAGCCAAGCGGAAUCCGGGGCCUCAACCCGCCCUCUACAAAAGCAAGAUGCCGCCGAGAAAAGCGCCGAGCCGCCCAGCGAGAAGGAGCACCACGAGCCGGACAAGCCGAGGAAGUCGGGCAGCAAGGAGAGCAAGCCAAGAUCACCUGUAACCCCCGCGGCUGCGGCGAAGAAGACCGCCCCGUUGCCGCGCGUCGCCAAAACCGCGCCGCACAAGACCAUUUUCCGCGCCGCGGAGCUGCCGCCGCCCACGUGGGAAGGGUCCCAGGAUGUGCCAUGCUUUCCCAAGACGGCUGCUCCUCUUCCGGCCACUGGCUACGGUAGCCCGCAAGACAAGGAGGAGCCUCAUGUGCCAAACGCCAGCAAGGAGCUACCGAAAGAAAAUCGCGACCCAGCCCUCGAUCAAGCCGAGACUAAAGCCAACCGCACGCAGUCGUCGAAGGGGUCACGCAAGCGCGGUACGAGCAGCUACAAGCCGCCCGUCAACAAGAUGCGCAACGUGCCAAAUGAUGACAUCACCCAGACCUCGCAGAGCCACCACAGGUCGUAUGUGCCGCUGCGGUUGGCCCCGACCAUUGAAGUUGCUCCAACGGGUUCGCAGGAGAACGCGCAGCAGAACGGGGAUGGGAUGGCCCCGGCGAUGCUCACCAAUGAGCAACCGAACGAGCCCCAAAAAGAUGAGGAGCCGCAGCUCCCCCCGCAGUCGGCCUACAUGCCCGUGGCGGCGGCCGACCUUGCUGCCGGCGGCGUCCACUCGAUGUACAUGCCUGCCGCGAAGAAGACA